GUUGUCAUAUCUGAGACUCUUAAUUUCUUCACUCACUGUACACACUAGACUGGCUUCUGUAUAAUUCGUUCUUCUGUGUUGCUUUGACAAGUCACUUGCGAUGUAUUCUUCAUUUCUAUUGGCUGUUGCGGGGGUGGCGUUGGUAAUAUACGUACUGGGGAGUUUUUACCCACGUUUCUUUAAAGAUAAGAAGAGUCAACAGCUACAGAGUGAAAAAUUGCCGGCAUCGGAUAAGAUCAAUGUCGGAACAAAUGAGUUCGAAAUUCAACCACGGCCGGAUUUCGACUGGCGGUCGACACCACCAUUGAAGAUACGCCCUUUUAAACCGGUAUACCACCUAACGAUGGCUGUCAACACUUCGCAUAUUUCGGAGCUCAUAGAAAUGGACCGCAAUUACCUGGAUAGGAUAAUGCUUCGUAAACAGAUCAUGCAAGAACAUCAUGACAUUGCCACUCAAGCGACACCCGAAGUCAAACCAGCGGUCGACGAGCUUUACACAUGGCUUAUCAAUACAUAUUUGCCUUCGCGGUACCCCACAAUGUUCAGCGUCACGUCGCUUGGACUGCUGAAUCACACCACGUCACAACAUCUUCCACUUCAGCCCUCAUCAGACCCUGUCAAGACCUUUGAAAUUCUUGGCGAGAACUUGGACGAAGACAUCUUGAUCUUACUGCCAUCGGAUGAUGGCGACGGAUAUGCUCUGAAAGGAUAUGUGACUUGCUUUCCAGCAGGCUUCAAUACGAAAGAGAAAUUAGGCUUGAAGCUAAGGGAUAUUCAUGGUCCUGUUCCAGGCUACAAGCAGAAACUUGAGUUGAGCAUGGAUAGAUUCUUCGAGCGGCUGGAAGUAGGCAAGGUGGUAAAAAGAGCCAAUUGGUCCAUCAACACCGAUGAGAAAUUAUUCGCCGCGAGUGGACUCCAUCUCUACGAAGGCGAGAAGGAAACUGUUGACGAGGAAGUGGACGUAAACACGGUGAGUCCCUCGCUCUCUUCCACCGCUCCCGGUACCAUGGGUCAGGAACAAAACUAAUACUAAGGACAUUUUUUAGACUUUCCUGCGGUGCGAGCGCCAGCUUCUGCACCGUCUCCCAAAAACCAGAGCGCUUGUCUUUAACUUCAAGACUUACCUCUAUCCGCUGAGCGAGAUUAAGCAGGAAGGGCUUGGCGAGGAUUUAGCACAGGCGAUCGAUGGUCUGAAGGAAGGAAGUACGCCUGCCAUGCAUUUUUACAAGCGUGGGGUGGUCUGGGGAGAGGCUGUCAAGGCUUACCUGCGAACUUAAGGCUUAGCUGAACAGUUGGGCAGAGCUUAAUGAUGGAGGCCAGAAGAGCUGAGAACUGUAGGAUCCAGGCUGACGGGAGGAUCCGACGCGGUCUAGAAGGCGUCCGGACUCUAGGAUCUGGAAUUAUUACAGGAUGCCUGUCAAAUUCGUAGUUGUUCCAAUCGCAUCAACUUCCAAUGCUGGACAGAAGAGUCGGCGACUUGGCUUGCAAGCUUAAAUUGGCCGCAAGAAAGGCUUGAGCCGUAUGCAUGCAGGCAGAGUGAGGCUCCACAGAAUCAAAAAGUAUAUUUUACACACAACGAGUGUGGUACUGCACAUGCCUCGCGGAAAUACCAACAGAGAAGCAACAUGCAUACAUAUGCAUGCAUGCAGGCAUGGUGCAUUAUGUAUUGAAAGUAUCUGGAACAUAGCCUUUGCAGAGAUCUGGUACAACAAAGCCUUGCAGACGCAAAGGUCACACACAUGGGAUCAGGAACAAUCAUGCCCGUUCGAGGCUUGUUGUGCCAAGGGGCUGCCAAGGGACGAUUUCCAUUUUUGGACAGUUCUUCGCUUAACGCUCAGCCACUUCAACAACAAAGCAUCCGACCUCGAACGACAGCGGAAA